AUGAGUCAGAAAUCCAAAAUCAUCAUCAUCAUCAUCAUAAAAAAGGAAAGCGAAGGCAAAACUCCUGCCUGUCUCAUAAAUAAGAGCCACGUGGCUGGUGCGGGACACCUGCUCACCAUGCGCCUGGAGCAGGACAUCCGCAGCACGGACGACUGCAUCGCUCGCCUGAAGGCGCUGGAGGCCCAGGGCCGGGUCUGGGGGCAGGAUCUGAUGCUGCAAGUCAGGGAGCAGGCGCUGGUGCUGAGCGACAUGGAGAGCAAGGGGAAAAGGAGGUGGGAGGGAUGGGAGGAGGACAGGCCGGAGAAGACCUCCAGCCGGGACCAUCUCCCGUCACCAGACUCCCAGCAGACGGCGUGGCUCGAUGCCCAAAACCAGCCCCUGUCCGACAUGGAACGAGACACCGAGGUCCUCAACCACGUGCUGGGUGAUGUGGAGCUCUUCGUGCACCGGCUCCGGGCGGCCCUCAGCUCGGCCAGCUCCAAGAACCUGUGGAAGAAGAAGAAGAAAAUCAAGGGAAAAAAUCUGCCCCCCGAGGCUGACUACAGGGACUUUUUCCAGAAGGUUAAAUAUGCCCUCAACCUCAUGGGCAAGCUUCGUGGGAACGUGGAGAAGCCGAGCAUCCCCGAAUUGCUGCAUCUCCUCUUCACCACCUUGUCCUUCGUCUUGGGCCACUGCCCCAACUCCAGCCUGGCACCCUCCGUGGAGUCCCCGCUGCUUAUCCAGGCGGCCGUGGACCUGCUCGAGGACACCCUCCACCAGCAGGACUACAGCACCUGGAAGAACCUGGGCAUAGCCUGGAACAAGACCAGGGCAGAGUACCCGGAUGGCGAUUCGGUGCCCGCCUACACCCCCGUCUUCUCUGAUGGCUGGCUGCCCCCAUCGCUGGCACAACCCAACGCUCUCCUCCUCCCCUCGCAGGGCAGACCGGUGCUCAUGCAGGCCAUGUACGAGUUUCGGGGCAGGAACGCGCAGGAGCUGACCGUCCAGAAAGGGGACACGCUACAGGUCCUGGACCAGCGGAAGAAGUGGUAUCUGGUGCAGAACAGCCAAGGGGAGAAGGGGUACAUCCCCAGCAACAUCCUGGAGCCCCUGGGGCAGGACUCCAUGAGCCAGGGCAGCCCUCCCAGCCUUCACCCCGGCUCCACACCAGCAGAGGUGACAGCUUGGCUAAAGGACAAGGGUUUCUCACAGAUAACAGUGAAAUGCCUCGGCGUCCUCUCUGGGCACCAGCUGUUGCACAUGAGCCCAGAGGAGCUGCGAGCUGUCUGCCCCGAGGAGUGGCGACGCAUCAUCUUCAAGCUCUCGGCCGUGAAGACAUCCCUGGGGAUAGGCCCAAGGGACUGAGCCACCAGGGGCUGGGACCACAAUGACUCCAUCCCCCAACAUCCUCCCACUGUCAGCCCGCUGCAC